GGAUCCGGCGCCCGCCGCCGGUGAGAUGAACUCCGAUACGGUGUCGACGGGGAAGUCGCUACUUGAGAAACCCCUGAACCUGCUCACUGAGGACGACAUCGCGCAGAUAACAAGGGAAUGCCGUCGAUUCCUCAAAGAUAGAGGUAUGCGCCGCCCCUCUUGGAACAAAUCGCAGGCGAUCCAGCAAGUGAUAUCUCUCAAGGCCCUUCUCGAGAACCGAUCGGAUCUAGACGAUUCCUCCGCCGCCGUGAGGAUCCGGCGGAAACCGCAAAUCAGCCCUCCUUCUCCGUCACUCCUCACCCCGACUCACACUUCACUCCCUUCACCAACUGAGGACGCGAGCAGAAGCGGCGAUUCGAGGAGUGUGCCGCCACGAGAGAAGGAUCCCUCGCCGUACCGGAGAAAAGACCCUCUCCCCCCUCUUCUCACCGCCGGCGAUGUACCAUGCCUUUCUCCCUCCGCCGGAAAAUCGCAGCUCCCGCAGCAGAUUCACUUCCCACCUCCUAAGGCGUUUUCCGGCGAACCUUUAGGGCAGCUUACGAUAUUCUACGGCGGUAAGGUGAACGUCUACGACGGCGUGCAGUCGGCGAAGGCUCGUGAGAUAAUGCAGCUUGCGGCCAACCCUCAUACGUACGACUCAACGAUUAUAGCUCCAAUAUCGUCCGGUCUGUCUUACCUAAAUCGGUUUCCUCCGGCUUAUACCGGACCGAUUUGGGCCGGACCAUCUGCCGGCGCUCCGGCAGGAAAGUUGCAGCGAAACUUGAAAGGCAGCUCGGACGAGGGAAUAGCAUCGCGGGAACCUUUGCCGGAGUGUCCAACGAGUAGAAAAGCAUCGCUUAAACGGUAUCUGGAGAAAAGAAAAGAUAGGUACAAGGGAAGAAGGAUAAUUGAAGGAUCAUCUUCAAGCUUGGAACUGUUGUACAUGAGUCAAAAAUUCAGUGGGCCUGGACAAAAUGAACUUUCAAGCAGGAGCAACAGCAGCUCGUCCAUGCAGCCCAGGCCACCUUGCCCACCAUUCAGUUUGUGCCCCUCCAUCGAUACAAAGAAGCUUGGAUUCUCUGCUGAUCUCAAUGAGGAUGGCGCUGGGGGCAUUUGAGGGAGGGGUGGUGACGAUUCCAUACAACCACCACACCAUUUUCUGCUUGAUCGCUUCUUUUGUUCAUGAGUGGCCACCAUUGCCGUUCCCAUUAUCUCAACUUCGGUGGCAAGACGCGAACCCGAAGCGCACCAUUGUCAUUAUUUUUGGCUCAAGUGAUGCAGGUUCUUAAAAUUGCUCAACCCAAAAUGCUUGAGAUUAUAUAGUUAAGCUGCUGAGUUUGCAGCUGAAUGAAUACUUCAGCCACAGAUCCAAAGCGAUAGAUAUGUG